AUGUCGGAACCAGUUCUUCUUCUUAGUCUUUCAGGUCUGCCAUUUAUUGAAGACGCAAUUCGAACCAACAUUUUGUCCAAAAGAUGGAGGUCCAUUGAUUUAGAUAUUUUCCGUUUACGUUGUUCGAAUUACUACGGUAUGUCUCUUAUAGGGCGGUGGAUUCACAUUGCCGUUAUGAAGAACAUCAAAGAGCUUGACUUAAUCUGUACUCCUAAGGAGGAGGAGGAUGUCAAGAUGCACCAUUGUCUGGCGACUUCCGGUUCCUUGAAGGUAUUAAGGUUAAAUUUGGAUGGAUGUGGUCUGAUUUUGCCUAAUUUUAUGGGAUUUCCGGCACUUGGGGUUCUUGACUUGACAUGUGUUGACUUAUUGAAAGAUUGA